AAUUGCUUGGAUGUUGCAUCUCAGAUUUUUUUUCCCCCCUUGCCCCAUCUGAGGACCCCGAGAAUACCUUCCCACAUUCCAGAGUGUUACCUAGCUGCAGUGGGAUGCAUUUUUUUCCAGUUUAGUUCAGAGGCUCCGCAUUGAAGUAACGUUUGCAAUACAAAAUUAUCACCAGCUUGGGAAGGAAAAGGAUGAAGAUAAUCCUCCUGUAUCUAUGCCUUGCAGGCAUGUCUUGUGCAGUACUGCUGCGCAAACCUCGCAGAGCAGGAUUUGGGAGUAAGAGUGAAGAAAUGAUGCAGUUUGGUCCAUUUGGGUAUAUGAACUCACCACAACUGACUCAGUUGGCACCUUUCUUAUAUGGCUACCGCCCAAGUUCUCCACAGUUGUUCCGUCAGCCUCUGCAGAAAUUUUUCUUAUGGCCACAACAAACACCAGUACAUCAAGCUGCUAGGCUGCCCGAGCGCAAACCACACCAAACUCCAGUGGCCAGGCAGCCCAUCCCCAGGCCACAGCUGAGGCCACAGAUGCCACAGCUGAGGCCACAGACGCCACAGCUGAGGCCACAGCUGAGGCCACACAUGCCACGGCUGCCACACAAACCAAUACAGCAACAGCCACAUUCAAAAACACAAGUGCCGCCGAAGAAACCUCCAAAUAUCAGUCCUCCUCAAACUCACCCUCAAGAGCCAACACACCAAUCCAAGGGGGUCGAGCAGCAACAACCUCAGAUAUUGUUCCCAAAUCAACAGCAUCUCUGGAAUUUUCCACAGGUUUUCAAUCAAGGAGGCUUCUACCCACAACUAUUUAACCCAUUUCAAGGACAUAUGCCUGUUGGAUUUGGACGGCCACCAAUCAGCAAUGAAGAAGGGACUCCAUACUAUGGAUAUGGCUAUCCAGGACUCGGAAACAGACUUCCAUAUAAUUCUGAAGAGUUCGAGCAAGACUAUGAGAAACCCAAAGAAAAAGACCCCCCAGCACCCGAUCCAGCAAUCAAUGCAACAGACACAAAUGCAACUCUUUCCAAUCCAUCCAGCCCAGCAGGGAAUGCUACAAAUUCUGGGCUCAGUGCAAUAGACAGCAGGACCAAUGUGCCAAACCUUGAAAGUGUAUUUCAUAUUGGAAAUGGGGUCCCAACACUAUCAUCUACGCUUCAGGUCUCAGAAGGUGAUGCAGCAGCACAGAAUGGCAUGGAUCAAUCGGUCCAUAGGGCCAGUUCUCCAAAUAUCAACCACCUCAUUCAAAACUUGCCUCCAGAUAAGCAACAAUCCACAGGAAAUAGUUUGCAUGUGUACAAGCCCUAUCCAGGUGUGGAUGAUUCAAGACACAACACUUAUAUUUCUAGAGGGAAUCCCUCUGGACAUCCUGAAAACCCAACAUAUCCAUCCAUUUACGGAGAGAGUGUCAAUCAGAGAGGCAAUCUACAGAACAUAAACAACAAUAACCCAUCAAUAAAUACCAGGCUUAACUCAUAUGGACAACAAGAGCAUCCCCAUUACCCAGAGAAGAACCCAUUGGACCAAAGGCAGAUGUUACCUUUUCCUAGCUCUGCUCCACAAAGCCAAUGGAAUAACGAUCCUGUCUACAGAGAUAUGAAUCUCAACAGUUUCCCACCUGAACACCGUUCCGUGGAUCCACGGUUCAAUACAUUAGGACAAACUGACCAAUCCUAUUAUACCAGGAAAGACACAGAUUUCCAGCCUUCUCAAAUGCACCAAGUGACCUCACUUUCCCCUCAAGGAGUAUUUUUACCCACAAAAAGAACUUUGUCGGAGGCAGAAACUCACCAGUAUCACUGGAAGGAGCAAAACUUGAAUUCCGCCAUUCAUGAAAGAGGACAAUUUCCACCUCCACGAAAUCCUAUAUGGAACAAACAAGAGGACUUGCAGGUCUUCCAAGAUGAUCCUCCAAGAUAUAAUUCAAGGUAUUCGCCAGGUUACUUCAACCAGAGGGAACAUAUUUCCAACCCUGAACAGAGUCCCUAUGACCAACCUUCCCGUUCCUUUUAUCCUGAUCAAUGGGAGGGGAGAGAAAACUCUCCUGCGCUUGACUCAACAAACCAAAGGGAACCCCCUUUGUACUCUCCAGGUUUGCCUUCAAAUCAGAUAAACAGAAACUCUUACCAUAGAAGUGAUUCUUUUGUUCAGCAGGAGCAUGAAACAUAUCCUCGGCCGACUCCGUGGGCCCAUGAAAAACAUUUGCUAGAUCAGGAUAGAGAGUAUCGAAACCCUCCAUACAUUCCAACUCAGCAGCACGCAUAUCCAAAGUAUUCCCCAGAAAAUCCAUCGAACCAAAGAAGAGGUAAUGUGCCAUACAAGGAAAUUAGCCCAUGGAUCCCAGAAGAGCAUUCUCCACCAUAUGCUGCAGAACACUUGAGGCAAACAGAAACUAUCCCUUACCAAAGGAGCAACGCAUUUGGACACAGGGAGAGGAAUUUUCAGGAGGAAGGAGUAAACUCUCCACCACGUAGCAUCAGACUUCCUCAAGGAGAAUCACAGUACUCACGAAAAAUCACUUGGGGGCCUCAUAGGACGGGUUCCCCCGUUCAGAAAGAAGCUUCACCUUAUUUUAACAGCUAUUCCCCAGAUUUCAGAAGAAACCCAACCCAUAUGGACGACACAGGGGGAAUUCAUGUUUCUCGUGUUAACAUUGCAGACAGAAGAAAUUAUCCUGACAGACUGGGAUACCUUGAUGGUCACAGAUCAAUCACUUCAUAUCCAUCCUCCCGUCGUUUGUGCUGUGCAGACAAUUUCCCAGUGAUAAGAGAAAGCUCACUGGCUCCACUGAGAAGUGUUCCUCAGUUCAGACUUGCACCAUGGGAACAAAGAGGAAGUUCACAUUAUCCAGAGACUGAAGGUAGCCAACCUAAGCAAGUGAGUCGUACACUGUACCCAUCUGGUAUGCAGUCUUUGCUGGACACUGAAAAAAGCCAACCGAAUCAACAAGAAAAUCUGGAUUUGUUUGGAGAGGACGUAGCAGGUCUGGAGAAGGCCUCACCCUGCUCCAAAUCUCAAUUAGGCCAGCAAAGUGGUCAUGAAAUCAGCCAUGACACUGGAUUAACACCAACUAGGAAUACACCUUGUUAUGGAAGAAGCAUUCGAGGGGACAGGCAUAGUAUCCUCGAACGAAUUAUUCAACCCAAAAGAGAGCACCAAAGGGCAGCUGCAGUCAGAUUUGUUGCCAAACAAGGCCCACCAGCUCAUGGGAUCAAAAGUGCAGAUUUCGAUAGUGAAGGGGAACAGCAAGCAGUGCUUGGGUUCAAUAGGAUCCCAUGCUUGGUAAACCAGUUAAGGCAGUAUUUAUCCAGCACCACAGCUCCCUCUGGUGACAAACAGCAAGAUCUGUUUUAUGCAGAGAACCCCACGCUUAUCAGAAAAUCGUUCAUCGCCUUGCCCGAACCACAUCCCCUGUCUAGCACUAAUCCUUCCAAUGACACAGAAGAGAAACCAUCAACGCCCAGUUCUCCUGGACUAGAUUUGGCUGAUCAACCAAAUGAAAAGAGAUCAGACUGUUUACUGCUCCAAAAAUAAAUGGAACAAAGACCCUUCCCUUUGAUCUUGGGAAAACAAAUGGCAUUUCUGAACAGCAUGUUCUUUACAGAGCGAGGUAUUACAUAAAAGAAAAUCAACACAGCUGCAUAAUGCUGAGAAAAACAGAAAUGUAUAGAUAGAACUGUGUAUGUGUAUAGAGUUUCAGCUUCUCAGGCCUUGCGUCUGCCACAGCGCACUUCCUUUUAUGUACCUUUUACUAUUGUUUUGUUUUUUCUCCCUUUCUCCAACACUCUGCUUCUGGCUUUCUCAUAAAACCUAGCCAGGAUUUUAACAUUGGAUGCAGUUGUGCAAAUGGCAGGCAGAAGACACUGCAGAUUCGCUUCCUUGCUAUACACUGUUGUCUCUCAGUCACACUCCUGCUCAGUGGUGGGAUUCAAACAAUUUAACAACCGGUUCCAGUGGUGGGAUUCAAAUAAUUUAACAACUGGUUGUUUACAAGCACCAUUUUAACGACCGGUUCUGCCGAAGUGGUGCGAACCGGCUGAAUCCCACCACUGCUCCUGCUGCUUCUUUAAAAAAAUUAGCUACAACAGAACCAACACACACACAAGUUAAAGUGGCACCAUCCAUCACUCGUGCAACCACCUCAGGUCAGGACAUGACCCAGCCUUUGAAAACUAGUGGCAUGGAUAGUUUGUGUCUGCACUGACAAAUUCCAUGGGUGAUUCUCCCUGGUAUUGAUGCAUGGAAGUAAAAGAAGGUGCAUAUGUAUCAGGCUUUCCCCUUCCCUUCUGAACUCAUUUGCACAACAGGAUAAAUGCUUUUGCAAACAUCAAUAACAGUAAUAUUAUGGACAGUAUUGCAUACCCUUUCCUUGCUUAGGGCACUCGUUGCUUGUUUAAAACCAAUGUACUUUUCAUUUUUUUUUCUCUGAAGCUCUUUGGCAUUAAAACACAUUCAUUGUU